GAAAUAUGCCUCGCACCAAGAUUUCAGCACGUCGUCAGGCUCAGCGCCAGUUGGCCGAUCGCGAGGAGAAAGUGCGUCUGGCCGAGAUCAAGAUGGAUUCGGCACUAGAGAAGAUCGAUGAGAUAGGCAAGCGCUACCAGCAGGAGGUGGACAACCAAAUAAAGGUGUUACGUGGAAGGACUGAGAAGAGGCUGCUGCAAAUGAAUAUGUCAGAGUUCUUGGCUCUCAGGAUUAAGACCUUCGCCGAACAUCAGUGGCCAGCUCCCAAACCGCCAACAACUCGGAGUCAGUCCAUCAGCCAUCAACGUGGUCGAACUCGGACUCCGCAGAAUGCCCAGCCAUCGAGGAUGCAGGCACAGUCGGCGGACAGGGCUGUGGGAGGCGACACCAUGAGUUUUGUGCGAUGGCCCCGCGCCGGAGAGAUGGUGCUCUCGAAGGCGGGAAGCCCGCUGGCCAUCCAGAUGCGACCGGAUCGCUAUGCGGACGUGCACAUUCCCACCAAGGGCGGCAUGAUCACCGUCAAGCCGCACAAGAUCAACACCGUGAAGCGGGAGGUACUGAUGCAGCUGGACGAGAACACCCUCAACCAGGUGAAGACUCUCAAUGCCAAUCUCGGCUUGAUCGUGGACAUGGCCAACAAGCUGGGCAAAUCGAAACCAUAAUGGCUAUCGGAAGAAAGAUCUAGAUGACGUACUUUUACGCUUACUUCUUUAAUAUUUUAUUUAGUCUUUUUCAUUUUCUCAUUUUCAAUGUUUUUGUUCAGUUGUUAAACAUUAAGUGAACGUGUCUGUUGUUCUUGUUGCUGUUUGCUGCAUUUUGCUUGCUUCUUGUUGUAUAAUUAAUUAAUAAAUUUAAUUACUUUUAUGUAUAUAUAUAUAUAUAUAUCGAUUUGUAAGUACAAACAUAGCGUACAGAAUUCCGUCUCCACUAACUUUAAAUUUAAUUGUUUAAACAUUUUUCUAUUGUGUUGCAUGUGUGUGUGUGUUAUAUGUGUCUGUGGGUGAACAUUCUCAAUUAUGCUUGUAAGUACUUAGUUAAAUUAAAGUGUAUUGUGUUUUCUAUCAAAAGAAAAUUGAAUUGUAACUUUAUUUGGUUUCCUAACCUUUAAUCUUCACUUUCAACUGCGUGAAUCCUUAGACAAACGUUACAUUUACACAUAUACAGAUUUAGUUACUAAAAAUUAUCAUUAAUUUUUAGUGUUUAUAGUGUUAAAUUUAGCAUUUGUUUUCGGGUUUUCCAUUUGAGUGUGGAUGUGAGUGGGAGUGGGCGUGUCGAACGCGUUUAUAUAGUUACAGAUACAUAAAAAUACAAUACAUAGCAAAAGGUACAUAUAUAGAGACUUAAAAUACGCUUGUUUUUAAUGAAUUAUUCAAUACGAGUUUUUAGAGACAAAGACAACAUAUAUGUGGACAAUCAAUCGAUACGUGUAAACAGUGACAGAUGACAACAACAUAACACUCAGAUUUGUAACAUUCAGUAUGUUUGUAUGGAUAGGGUUUGAUAGGGUUUUUGUAAAACGAUUUCAAUAAAAUUAAACAAAAGGGUAGUGCGAUGAACAGUCGCACUCAAAACCAGCAAUAAACGAGUAUAAUCUAAUCAAAAUGCUCAUGAUAAUCUUGAAACAAUUUGUCGUUCUUAUCAGUACAGUCUUCCCUCCAAAUCACGUAUUAUAGCAUAUUAUAGCAUACGCAAAUACCAAUAAUAUGUUCAUCAAAGCGCUAAAUAAUCGUUGAUGAGUGAACAAAAUUAGAUGCAUAUGUGACAUUUUGAACUGAAGUUGCCUGCUCUUAAAGAUCUGAUCCCCUUCCGUAAAUUCAGCAUUAAUCCAAACUCCUAUAUACGUGGCAAAACCAACCUAUGUAAUUAAAUAUCGGUUUCGGUAUUCCUAAGCCUCUAACUACGCUAAACCCGACCAACUCGGAGUUUUCAAACUCGUUUGCUACUUUUGAAAAUGCUUUCCAGUUCCAAAUUUUGCACAUUGUUUAGGCCUAUUUCGUCGUACGUUUUUCGGUCUUUCAACUUUUUUUCCAUUUGGUAACACAGCCAAUCAACGAUGCCUUCCUCCAUCAAACCGAUAUUCUUGUUCCACUAUUGUUUUUAUUUUUUGCAUAGACUGAAGAGAAGUUAAUUUAAAUAUUGAGUAGUUGUGCUGCGUGAUCUGCGUGAAAUUUGUAGUUAUAUUGCUCUCGGUUCUGUUCUACAAGUUUUUUGCGUUCGUACAAAUUUCUACUCGUUUUUGUUUUUUUUUUUUGGUUUUUGUGGUUUACAAAAUUGUGCUAUUUUCGCUAUUUUGUUUAAAAACUAUUUUCUUUGAGGCUGUUGUUUUAGAAUUCGUUAUAACCGUUAAAUGCUAGUUUAUAUAUUAGGUUUGUAUUUCGUUAUUCUUAUGUUUGGGCACUACUCAUUGCGGUUCAGGGCAUCUUUUGUAUUUUGUAUUUAGUAAAUAGUAUUUUUUUUAUUUGUAAUAUCAAGUUUAACAAAUCUUUGUAGGCUUUAUGCACGGGUACAGGGCGUUGCAUUAUUUGUUUUGUAAUUCUUAUUCUCAAUCUCAUUCCAUCUCCAUUCUCGGCUAAUAUCUUAAAUCGUCAGUGUGUGAUUUGGUACAAAUUUUAUGGUACUAGGUUGCAUACAAAUGAAAUUCAAUUAUGACUGAUACUGUACAGAAGAAAUAAGUACUUUUCACUUAGGGACAUCCGCUAGGCAGAUUCGGAGUGUAAAAUCAACUUUUACAUCGAAUUUGUCCAGCGAAACCAAUUUGUAUCUGCAAUUCGAAAAAAGCUUAGACCGACAGCUGGUAAAAAACUAGAUUACAUUUUUUUUAUAAAAUUCUAAGAUGCUUGUAUGUACAAAAAUGUAUGCGCAACUGGAUCGGUUAAACGUGCGUGAUAACAGAACAACUUACCAAAUCAUACAUAUAUGCACAUUAGUAGGUAGUAGGUAGUAGGUAUGCUUAUCAAAACUAACUCCGCUUUGCACUCACGUAAAUAUUAUUUGCAUUUAGGUUAGUUAGCUUUAUGUGUAGUACUUAGUUAAUUUCUAGUAUACUCCAUGAAGUUUAUACCAUUUGUAAAUAUUUGUUUAUUUUAAAUAUAUAUACGAAAUAAACCCAAUAUUUGUUUAUGCUUAUAAAUUAAUUAAUUUUCAUUAAAUGCUUAAAUUCAUUAAUGCACUUUAUAUGUACUUUUUGUGUUGCUGUGUGUGAAAUUUGCUAUAUCCUUACCCCGUAUAAAUAUAUACUCGUAUAUAUAUAUUUAUGAAUCGGUAUAUCUGAAUAACUGGCAUUAAAACUAUUAAUAUAGUGUAUAUAUAAUGCUAAAUGCAGUAUACUUGUGUAUAUUCAUUUGUCAUACUUAUACUUUCCUGGUCUGAGGUUUUGUCAGUAUAAAAACUAUGGGGAGAGCCGGGGGCCGAAAAUUGGCCACCAUCCUUGAAUUUUUGUGUUUUAUAAUUUUUAAUUUAAUUCCAUUAAAUGUAGCCUCUUAAAGAAAAUCUCGUCCUAAGCUAACUUUAAGUGUGACAAUUAUAAUUUAGCUAGCAGCGUCUAGAAAUCUGUUCUUUAAUAGAUGUUGAAGUAAUUUUAUCUGAACCAUUUGCAAUCUAUUUACAAUUUACCAUAGUCGUCUUAAUAUAUAUUCAUGAAUUUUUGGUUAUGUUUAAUAUUUUUUAUAAAUUUGUAUUUAUUCAUACGCUUUUGAACUUAACGAGAGGUAUUUCUAUUUUCCCAAGUUUUAAUAUCGCCGUUUUCCGUUUCCCUUUAUUAUUUACUCCAUUUAUUCGUGUUGGUUGUCGUUGUUUUCAAGUCCCAAUUUCAGUGUAAAAAUUUGUUAAAAAU